AUGAAAGAGCAUAUCAAGAAAAGGCUCAGAACGAAAUCUAUACCAGAGUUAGAUUGUCAUCAGCCAGAAGUAACUGCUUCCACUCAUCACAUCCACCUAUCAGAAAACCGAAGAAUGAGCUUUCACAAUAUGUUCGACACUGAUCUACUGCAAACACAUUCCUCGUUUCAACAUGAUGUACCAGAUCAACCAGUGAUGGCAUCGCUACAGAGUACACCCAAACACCAAUUCAGCGGAGACCAAUCGAGGACAAAAUUUGGCAGUCAACACUCCAAAUCUCCCCUCGAAGAAAGGGAUAGCACGAUACUGCUGCUGACUUUAGCAAUCGAGGAUCACAACCCAACACACCAUGAUAUGAAUACCCAAUUUGAUGCCAUUCAAGUGAGAAUCAACAACGCCAUAGAUGAAUUAGAAUCUAUAUACAAAGUAAUCGGAUAUACACUGUCUGAAGUCGAACUGAAAAAGUCGGAAAUAUUCUCAAUUGUUCAAGAUACAAUUAAUAACUUUGCCAAUAGUCUAAAACGGAAGAAAAGUACUCUAGAAAACGAAUGUGAAUGGUUAAAACAACAGAUACAGGUAAUUUUAUCAAUGGUUAAUGAUGCUAGAGGGGAUAAAUCUUUAUCACUACUACAAAAGGGUCUCGUAUUUAACAAUCAUCAACAGUACAUCGAUGGUUAUAAAGAACAAAUUCUUUCCAAGAUGUCGAGUACAAGUUUCAGGUUGUUUAAGCUCGGAGAUGAAUUAACGGUGGAACAACAAUACGACUACAUGGUUAAGAAUAUUCCCGAAUUGACGCUUCUUGAGCAAAGAUCAAGAUUGAAUAUGAUAUUUGUCGAAGUGUUGAAGGUUUUUGUGAGAUUAUACAAACAAUACAACGCAUUGAACAUAGAAUGUGCUAAACUUGUAGCUUCUGUUGGAGCUACAGAAUUUGACGACAAGGUCAUCAGUCUGAUGCCGUCCUUGAGUGAAGCAGAGAUGCAUCGACAGGUUAUCGAAGAAUUUACUUGCUUGAUACUGUCGAUCAACACGAAUCAAACACCCGACCAAAGCGACAAUGAUGUAUUUGUGCUAGCAAGUCCAGUUAAAUCGUCACUGCGAGGUCAAUCGUACUCCAACGACGGAUUAAACCAAGAUAAUGUCAAGCGCUUGAGAGAAACCAAUUAUCAAUUGGUGCGAAUAAUGAGAAGUUUAAAAUUCACGCGAAUAUCCCCCGACUUGGUCCAAGCACUUCAACAGGAGAUUAAAAUGGGCCGAGAGCUGUUGGAUAAUCGAAAGAGUAACGUUAUGGAGAUCAUCAACAAAUGCCUUGAGUCCAUUGAAUUUCUUCAGUAUUCAGAUGAGCAUUUAACUGAUUUGCAAAAGAAUGAAAUGGGAGAAAGCGAAGGUUGCUUGGAUAGGGAGACAUUGAAUUUGAUACUACGCGAUCCGCUUGAGUUUGGUUUACAUGAUGACAACAUAAACUAUUUAAUUCAAUUUCAAAAUCUAGUUGAAGCAAAAAUAAGUGAAAAGCGUGAGAAAUGGCAAUACUAUUCAGAGUCGUGUAUGCUGUUGUGGGAUAGAUUAGGUGAAAGUGAAGAGUAUGUCAACAAUUUUAUGCAAAACAAUAACAACUUGUCUGAUCUUGCCCUUCUCAACUUCAAGAUGGAAUUGAAUCGAUUGUACAUUAGAAGAUCCGAGUACAUUGAAAGCUUCAUAUCAGAUGCAAGGAUCGAAAUUGAAAAUCUCUGGGACAAAAUGUUUUACCCCCAGGAAACGAGGAGCCAGUUUCAAUACUUUCAUUACGACCCUGAGAAUGAUGAUGGGGACAAAGAAAAAGUGUUGAAUAUACAUGAGGAGGAGAUCAAAAGAUUGAAUAAAGAGUAUGAAGAGAAAGCUCCCAUUUUGAAGGUAUACAACGACUUGCAAGAAUUGAUCAAAGAUCAAAAAUUUCUUCAAGAAAGCUCCAAAGAUUCGUCAAGAUUAUUGAGUAAAAAUUCUUGCAAGAUUUUGCUUCAUGAGGAGAAAAUCAGAAAACGAAUCAACAAAACCAUGCCUCAUGUCAUUGGCUCAUUAAAGCAAGAAGUGAAAAAUUACAACAACAGAGUUGUCCAAGAGGGCAAAAAACCAAUGCUGAUUGACGGGAAAGAUUUUUUUGAAGAAGUUUUGCGUCUUGAAUCUGAACACUUGAAUACUGGCACUAGAGUCAAAUCCAAAUCAGCCGCCACAUCGCCUAUGAAAAGACCAAUCAGUGCAUCGAAAGUCUCACCUGAAAGAAAACCCAAGCUGAGAUUCAUGUCAACUAGAAUACCACCAGCUCCAUCUGCAACCAGAGCUCGGAUUGUGAAGUCACCAACAACCAAUACCCGCCAAGCAACUAUAAUGAAACCUAUUCAUCAAUCGCUGGCAUCCACAAUCCACCACGUCACCAAACCAUCUCUUAGUUCGCUGUCAAGUAGCCAGGUGAAUUCGUCAACAUUGACGAUGGACAGUCCCGUGUUGGCAACACGAACUACUUCAUUCACGUCGAAACCACCAUCAGUUGAAUUGAAACCGCUAACGUCACCUCUCAAAUUGUCAACAACGAAAUUGAAUGCCCCUAACAACUGCAAAGUUGAACGAUUAACCACUAAUCGCCACCACUACAAUGAUGAGAUUCCUGAAAACAAGGAAAAUAAUUCAAUCAUGUAUGGCAAUGAUGUUGCCAAAUUAAACGAGUUUCCACCACUAAAGACGCAAUCCAACUUUACCAAUCUGCGCGAAGGGGUCAGCAGUGCAUGUACAAGUGCAGGGAAUGACACGUCAACUAUAAUUGGUGAUGAUUAUUUUGCAUGGCGAGAUGAAAAGAUUAAACAAUUGAACGAGCUAUGA